AUGGUGCACAUAUUUUGUGACUGUCUUCCUUGCUCUGAUACCUUUACCUUCACCCUCUCCUCGAGCCCCGCUGUCAAGUUCUCCUUCGCCAGUCCUAUACCACUCGCCUUCCCAACCAACAGGCCAUUCAAACGCCGACGAGCAUUGUCCGAUGUAGACGGGGACGGGAAUGAAGGCAGAAAGAAACGGCGUUUACGACUACAUCUCAUCACAUCCCGGCUCAGCCGCCCUUUCUCACAGCCCGCAUCAAAUAUCGCCAACCGUGGCCUUUCCAAAGUCGUUGUCUGGGGCGCGAAGAACAGAGCGCUCGCCCGGAGCGAAUUGAGGAAAGCUGCUAUCAUGAAUCGAGUGAGGAUGCGGAUGGAUGCUGCGAAGAGUUUCAUACGCCUUGAGCUUGAGAAGGGGCAGGCAGCGCAUUCGUUUCGAGAGAUCAUGCUUCAAAAGCCACGCUCUCAUGAAGUUCAUCUGCCGCCAUCUCCACUUGGCCUCUCCAACUAUGAUGCCCUUGAUCUCGAGGAUGAGAUGGACGAUUACCACCGGGACGGAGGCAUCGAUGGAGCUUCGUCCAUCUAUUCAGAUUUCAACAUCAUGAAUCCAAUCACAAGUGACGGGGAUGACUAUGUCUACCUGGAUGCAAUCGAUGGCAUUUCCACACAGGACUUGCCUGAUAUACCUCCCCAACCACCCGAGGAGAGUAUUGUUGAGAUGUUGAGAGAAAAGGAGCAAGGGGACAGCAUAUUUGUGCAGGUACCGGAAUAA